AAAUUCCCCAUCCGUGACUUCAAAGGUCACACGUCAAAAUGUUAGUACAUUUUUUCCCUUUAUUUUCACUAGCGGCUCUAGCCAUAUUCUUUGUCUCAUCCAACGGCGCAAGACCAGCCACCACUCCCGAGCCGUCGCUUCAACCAGCAGCUCAAGAGUUCUUAGACUCACACAACAAAGCAAGAGCCGAGGUAGGUGUUGAGCCACUCGAAUGGAGCGAGAAGCUUGCUAAAGACACGAGCCUACUAGUCCGUUACCAAAGGAACAAAAUGGGGUGCGAUUUCGCUAACUUAACGGAAAGCAAAUACGGCGGUAACCAGCUUUGGGCUGGUUCGGCGGCGGCUUCAGUGACGCCGAGCAAAGCUGUGGAGGAGUGGGUGAAGGAAAAAGAAUUUUACAUUCACGCGAACAAUUCGUGCGUGGAGAAUCACGAGUGUGGAGUUUACACGCAGGUUGUGUGGAGGAAAUCGGCACAACUUGGGUGUGCACAAGCCACGUGUACGGUUAAGAAGCAAGCUAGUUUGACUAUUUGUUUUUAUGAUCCACCUGGUAAUGUUGUAGGGGAAACUCCAUUUUGAUGAUGCAUGCAUUUUUUGUUUCUUAAAUUAGAAUGUCAGGAUAAAUUAAGAUUUCUUUAAUGUGAGAGAGAUCAAUAUGUUAUUUUGGCAAUUGCAUGUAAGCUAUUAAUUGUGUGAAUUUGGUAAUAUAAGCAAGAUUUUAGUUAACUUUAUCUCUUAUUAUGAGACUGUUACUAUUGA